AUGAAGAUUCCCUCCAAACUAUCUCUAUCUUUCCUCUCCAUAACAGUUCUGUGGGGAGGAUGGCUUCACUUCCCUGCGGAUGGAAACGAGGAUGUGGACGAGUGUACCAGCCACAUCCAUGGCUGUCACUAUAAUGCAAGUUGCAAUAACACAGACGGCUCUUACACAUGCAAAUGCAAAACGGGAUUCAAUUGCCCAUUCAAAGCCGUGUUCUCAAAUCUCAAUGCCACUGGAAGAUAUGGUCCAACAUCGCUCGGAAGUUACUACGCAGGUCAGGAUCACGACGGACAAGUUGCUCUGUCCAGCGGUAUUCAACAGUGGACUGUACCGUACACUGGUGAUUACAGAAUAGAAGUAAUAGGGGCAGCUGGAGAGUACGAUCGACUGAUUAACAGCUCUCAAUACCGCGGAAGAGGAGCAAGAAUGAUUGGAACAUUCCGCUUAAACAAGGGUGAAGUCAUCCAGGUACUUGUAGGUCAAGAAGGAGGAAUAAACAAGAAGUCUGAUUCUUCUGGCGGUGGUGGAGGUACAUUUGUAGUGAGAGGAGCCGACACACCUUUGAUAAUAGCCGGAGGCGGAGGAGGGGUACAAGCUGUAUAUUCAAGACAUACAGAAUGUAACGCCAGCUCAAACACGACAGGGAAUCCUGGGUACAGAUCAUGGGCAGGGGGGAGCAAUGGACAUGGUGCACAGACUGCUGAUUCUAGAUUAUCAGGUGGUGGUGGUGGCAGAUUCUACUCCAGUGGAAGAAGUGGAAAGAAUUUCAAUGGGACCAAGGGGUAUGGAGGAGAGGGUGGUGAGGGAUUUCUGCAGGGAGGGGUAGGUGGGAGAUCACCGUAUCUCGACGUCUAUGGUGGGUUUGGCGGAGGAGGUGGAGCUGGGGGAUGGUGGGGAGGAGGGGGAGGAGGAGGAUACUCUGGGGAAGGCAGUGGAAGUCGUUAUGCAGAUACCUGUGGGGGUGGUGGUGGAUCCUACAAUGUUGGAAACAAUCAGCAGAAUGAAUGUUAUUACAACAAGGCUAGCCAUGGUCAGGUGACCAUCACACUACUGUAG